AUGGGGGAGGAGGGGGGAGUGGUGUGGGGGAUGGGGGUGGGUUUGUGGGUGGAAGGUAAGGGGGGGUGGGAAUUGGGGGGGGUUGAAGAGGUUGUAGGAGGGGGGGGGGGGUGGUGGGGGUGGUGUGUGUGGUGUGGGGGGGGGAGGUUUUUUGAGGGUUGGGGGAGGAGGAUUGGAUGGUUUGUUGGUAUGGUGGAGAUGGAGGAAGUUGUUGAGGGGUUUGUGGUAUUGUGGGGUUGUUUUGGGGUGGUGGUUGGGGGGGGUGUUGUGUGGGUUGGGGGGGUUUGUGUAUUGUGGUGGAAGUUUGAGUGGGUGGAGGAAUGGGGGUGGGGGAGUGUUUGGGGGGGGGUUUGUGGUGUUGGGGGGGUAAGAUGUGUGGGAAGGGGGUGGGGUGUGUUGGGUGUUGGGGAUGUUUUUGGUAUUAUUGGGGGUUUUUUUUUGGGGGUGUGGUUUGAUUUUUUUGUGUGGGUUGGGUGUUUGGUUGGGGGUUUUUUUGGUGGUUUGUUAUUUGGAUUGGGUUUGGUGGGGGGUAUUUUUGGUUGUUUGUUGAUUGAUUUGGUGGUUGUUUUAUUUGUUUUGGUGUGGGGUGGGUGGUGGGGGGUUUUUGGUUGUUUGGGGGGGAGUAUGAUUGGGGGGAUUUGGUGGUGGUUAGGAGGGAUGGGGGAUUGUGGGGUGGUGGUUGUGUGGGGAUGGUGUGUUGGGGUAGAUGAGAGUGGGGAUGGUGGGGGGUGGUUUGGUGUGGGGGUUAGUGUUGUUGGUGUUUGUUUUGGGGGGGGGUGGUUUGGUGGUAUGAUGGGAAGGUUUUGGGGUUGUGUUUUGUUUGAUUGGUGUUGGGGUUGUGGGUAG